UGAAAUAUUUCGAUGUGUCCGCCGCCAAAAUGCUCAUUUCACAGAAGAAAUAUUUUGCUUUUCGGAAGAAGAGCCCAACAAAGCGGCCCUGUUUCUUUUCAGCAAGAAAAGUACUAAAAAUCUUCCAAACCGACGAUGUACGCCAGGACAAACACAGGCAGCACACAUGGAGAUUUUCAGGACAGAAAUGGAGUGAACUACGUUUCGUCGACAGAGUCCUUCGGCCACUGCUCUCAAUUGUUCUGGAAAAAGGACCCGAACGAUUCCGGACCAAGUUCAACCAUCAGCUGGUGUGACCAGCUGCCUCCGUCCUCUGCGGCCCUUUCUAGCUCCAGUCUCUCCUCGGCGUCACUUUCUAGCUCCAGCCUCUCCAUGGAGUCCCGAGCACCCGCGCCUCCGCCCCCGCCGCCUAGUACGACGGCGUCAGACGACAUGGAGUCAGAUGAGAGGCCGUACGUCUGCGACCUGUGUAACUGCGCCUACAAACACGCCAGCUCUCUUCUCAACCACAAACUCACCCACAAGACUGGAGACUUCAAGUGCGACUUCUGCAGCAAGCCCUACACCAACUACAUGUCGCUACGCAACCACAUGCGAAUCCAUGGUCAGAAACGCUACAUGUGCGACCUCUGUGGCAAGGCGUUCCGCCUGGCGCGGUACCUACGGAACCACCAGAGGAUACACGACGACGGGCCCAACCGCUUUGACUGUCCGUCCUGCUGUAAAAGCUACCGCACCAUGCUGGAGCUGGCCCAGCAUCGCUGCACUGCUGCUGCCUCCAACCAGAACCGGUUCAACUGCCCGUCCUGCUUUAAGAGCUACAGAACCAUGCUGGACCUGGCCCAGCACCGCUGCAGCGCCGCGGCCAAAAACCAGACUGGCGGUCGCCGCUCCAAUUUCUCUGCCACUCCGCGCCGCCAGCAGCAGCAGCAGAACAACAGCGCUAACUCCAUGAUGCAGCCGCCGCACGGAGCACACAGUCAGCAGGAGGCGCUCCCGUCCCACUGCGUGGCAGCCAUGUCCCAGGGCGGGCCGGGGGCCAGCCAGCCAGUGGCGGAUCCUCACCAGCAGGGCCGGCCCAGCUCCGUGUCCUCUCAGAGCAGCCAGCAGAGCAUGAGGAGCUCCUCCAGCAACAAGCACGUCCCCCCCCCCAGUGCCGCCCCCUCAUCCUCCUACUCCCUGCUCCAGCCCCUGGUGCCUGAGGUAAAGGAGAUGAACUCGGGAUACACUAGACUGAGCGCCAACCCCAUGAAGCACCAGGACACUUUCUCCCUGGCCCCCCAACGGCCCCUCCCCACCAUCAACCCCAUAGGCCACUCUCUCCAUCCGAACGGCGCUCCCUCGCUCAAGCCUCCCCCCGUGCCACGGACCAUCCAGGCCAUGCCCUGGGAGCAGCGCUCCCUCUACAAUCAGUGAGACUCCUGACAGCCAAGCACUUCCUGUCGUCACCUCGGCCACCCAACAACACAGCCUCUUCUUCCACCCUGCCCCUUUCACAUCCAGCAUCCGACAUCCGGGAUGGAGGAUGGAGGACUCCCGAACUUCCCACUGCUUUCCGAACCUCUCCUUUUGGAAUGCUGUGUGUGGGAAUGGGGGAGGGCACUGUUGAGAACUAGUUGAGAUUGAUUUCUGAGUAGUUAGGUUGAAAACAAUGUGUUGCCUUGACCCUCAUGUAUGAUCUAUGCCAUGUACUGGGUAGAAGUUAAACUGUCUCCACCCUGACCCGCCCUGUUGGUAAGAAUUUAUCCCUCUUCUUACUCUCCCCCAUAGUUAUGAAAAUAUCUAUCCUUCCCGUUAUGAAUAGUGCUCCCACACCCUUGCCCUUAUGUUGAAUAAAAUAAAAAUUCUUUUUUUUUUUUUAAUCAGGAGCCAAUUGCAAAUCGGGAACAAGAACCAAGUUGUUGUUAAAUGUUACAAUUUUUUUUCCAUCGGUCCAAUAUCUCUGUAUCUUUGUUAAAUGCCGUUUCUGCAAAAGAAAAAAA